AUGGGCAAGACUGCCGCUACAUCCACUGCGACUUCCAUCCCGGCGCCCUGCAGAGUACCGCCGCCGCCGCCGCCUCAGCAAGCCGCCUCCUUCUCGACCAGCUACUCUUCCUCCUCACCCCGCCAAUUCCCCUCCGACAUCAUCCCCGAAGAGAGCGCCGAGGACUCCGGCUGCGACUCCCUCGUCGAGCCCGUCACUCCCGUCAGUGGCUACCGCUACUCGCAGGACUUUACCACCCUGCACAACCACCACGACUACAGCGCUGCCCUCCAGCGUGACCAGCCAAUUUCGAAACCUCUCCCCCUCACCCCCAAGCGGCUGCCCGCCUUGAUCCCGCCUGCUUCCGCCCCCCCGGCCCCGACUGCCACGAGGGACCUUGCUCCUCCCUCGACCGAUCCCACGCCUCAGACGCCCCUGUCGCGUCGAUCUGCCCGGGGCUCGGCCAGCAGCUUCAAGCGCACCGUGUCCAACCUUUUCCGCCGCUCCAACUCGGCCGACAAGGAGAGGGAAUUCGCCAUUGUCGACACACCAGCCCUGGCUGCCGCAAACACGAGACAGUCGAGUGGCGGGUCUACCAGCCGCAGCGGCUCCUCUCUCGACAUGAUACCCACGCAGCGCUCCGCCAUGGCGGGCGAGUCGCUUGCCGGCUCAGACGACUUCAAGAAGAAGGGCCGCGCCGCCACUGGCUUGACUCUCCGCGGCCGGGCCGUCAACUUCGUCGUGGGCAGGGGCCGACAGGCCAGAGGCCCACGACGCGCCAGCAGCUUCGAUGCCGAUGAUCGAGCCCACACGCCCGCCCAGGAGGCCCGGAGCGAGGACGAGGGCAAGACGUAUCCCCUCGAGCGGCUGCCGUGGCCUCUACCGCCGGAUGCUGGCACGGGUGUCAAGGCCCGCCGCAUGAGUCUCAGCCUUCCCGACGACUUCACCAUCGACGUGGCUGAGCUGCUUUCCGAGUUCGAGUACCAGCACAAGAUUCUUGGCCGCCACGGCAAGCACCUCGGCAAGGGAGCCGCCUCGCGGGUCACGCUCAUGGUGCGCAAGGGCUGCCCCAGCGAGCUCUACGCCGUCAAGGAGUUUCGAGGCAAGUCGCACCGCGAGAGCCAGGCCGAGUACGAAAAGAAGAUCAAGUCCGAGUUCAGCAUCGGCAAGAGCCUCCACCACCCCAACAUUGUCGAGACGAUCCGGCUCUGCACCGACCACAGCCGCUGGAAUCACGUCAUGGAAUACUGCUCCGAGGGCGACUUGUUCGGCCUCGUGCAAAAGGGCCACCUCAAGGGUGACGACAAGAAAAAGGACCGCCUCUGCCUCUUCAAGCAGCUCAUCCAGGGCGUCGGCUACCUGCACGCCAACGGCAUCGCCCACCGUGACAUCAAGCUCGAGAACCUGCUCCUGACCAAGGACAGCAAGCUCAAGAUUACCGACUUUGGCGUCUCCGAGGUCUUUUCCGGCACUCACCCCGGCCUGCGCGAGGCGGGCGGCCACGAGCCCUACAUUGCCCCCGAGGUGCUGGAGAAGAGGGACCAGUACGACGCCCGCGCCCUCGACGUGUGGAGCUCGGCCAUUGUCAUGAUCUACCUGACGUUUGGCGGUGCCAUCUGGUCGCGGGCCGAGCCCGGCAACCUGCACUACGACAAGCUGGUGGCGGGCUGGGCAAAGUGGGACAAGCAGCACCCCGAAUGCGACGCCUGCAUCACCGACACCGACUACCCCAAGUGCCUGGCCCUGGACGUGGGCGUCAACCCGCCCGCCCUGCGCCGGCUCCUGCUGCAGAUGCUCAACCCGAACCCGCGCCGGCGCAUCGUCAUCGAGGACGUGCUCAACAACCGGUGGAUGAAGAACGUCGAGUGCUGCCAGGUGGAGUCUUACGACGACCAGGCGCAGAUGAUUGACGCCUCAAAAAAGGACUUUUGCAGCAAGCCCGGGGCCCGAAAGAUUUUCUGUCACAACCAUCUCCCUCCCAAGAGCUCCGGCUCCCACUCUCUCGGCAAGAUGCCGGGACAAGCCGGCUACUGA